AAGACUUUUAUCUGGUAUCAUCAGCAGAAGUACAACGAAAGUUACGCUUCUAACAAGAGGUGUUCGACAAUCCAUUCACAGAACAAAAGACCCACAACUGUGAGAUGAAUUCUUUACUGCGCACCGUCAACUCUGUCUCCAAUCGGAAAAAUAUGCUAGUUCGUGAAUCCCUUCAGCAGCAACUCAAUUCGACAGUCAUCGAGAUCCAGGGCGCUGCCGGACUGCCAAACAGCUCGGCCUUGAAGGUCGGCGACGAGGCACUCUCUAUUUGUUCAGCCUUUGAGGCAAUAUUCCUGCACGGCUUGAAGGAUAGUCUUUUGAACCGCGUUACCGAGGUUAUCAGCGGGCCUGAUUAUGAUGCAAUGCCUCAACCGAGCUUUUGGGGACCACUUCUCGUCUUUUCCCACAGAGAAAUUAUCGAUCAAAUCCAGUCCUUUAGCCAGUUGACAACAGAAGUUGGCUACUGCCGAGCCUGGAUUCGACUAGCACUGAACGAGGGUCUUUUAUCCAGCUACUUGGCGGCUAUUCGCCGGGACAAUUCGGCCUUAAAACCCUAUUAUUCUCGCGCCGCUUUUAUCCGAGAUGCAGACCUUUUGGAAGUUGCACAACGACUGAUCGAAAGCAUCGAUUACAUUCAUUUUGAUUUAGUAAUGAACUCGAGCCUUUUGAACUACUGGUCGAAUACCCCGCUACUAAUGGCUGCAAUAUGGUCACCCCCUAUGAAGUCCUGUCCUAUUUUCAGUGCUGUCGACAUCGCCAAGACCAUAAAUAGUGAGCGCGCUGACAAUGAAAAUAGCCUAGACGAGAUCGAGACAGCCAGUUCAAUUGGCAGUUUUAGUUCUUUUAGCUCUUCGCAAAAUAAUCUCAAUGGCUUUUCGGAAGACGACUCGUUAAGGGUUCUGCUGGCAAAGAAAUUACAUCAUUUGGAUGUCGCUGAUAUCGAAACAGCUUUAUCUGCUCAAGCAUCUUUUAGUUCGAACAAAGACACCGAAGUUAAUAGAACAACGGUCAUGGAGGUAGAAGCUGUUAAAUAUAUUCCGAGAGAAAGUAGUCACGAAAAAAGUAAGGAUAACAAAGAAGAGGAGAGCAACGAUAAUGUGGCAAUUGCAGCGACGUCAACGACUGUCGGUCACUCUUUGAUCGGUAAACUCGGCUGGUCAACUUCUAAUGAAGAUUGCGAAUCAUCCAUGACUUCGUCGAUAAUUUCAAAGAACUCGGUUGGUGAUUGUCCGCAAACAUCGAUCGAGGGUCCGACCUAUGACGCUUUGCUCAAAAGCUACCACACUGGAAGUCAUGACACACCAAAUCUAGAGGAUCUCCUAGCGAUAUACCCUGUGUACGAGCCUGUGACAUCGGCGAUUAUGGACAACGCAGAACCGCAUGAAAGACGAAGCUUCGACGAGCAAUUAGGAAUACUCGCCCGGGAAAAGGGACUUGACCUCCAGAACUAUAACUGCCUUGAGUGCGGGCAAUUGAUCGGCUUGACUUUUAGCAAAGCCAACGUUUGCUGUUUCUCUGGCGAUUACUUUUGCUGCAACUGUAUGGCCGUUGAGGAACAUCUCAUUCCCUCGCGUGUCAUUCAUAAUUGGGAUUUGAAGCAAUAUCCAGUAUGCAUAAAGGUUGCUAAAUACCUUACUGAAUGCUCAACUUUGCUCGAUCUAAAACUUAUCAACCCAAAAAUAUACUCUGCCGUGGAUUGUAUGGCGCAGUUGCAGACAUUGAGGGUCCAGCUAAAUUUGUUGAGAGCAUAUUUGUUUACUUGUCGCGAGCCAAUUAUAGAAUCAUUUCAAAAGAAAGUCACACCGAGAGAUUAUCUAUACGAGCAUGUUCACCAAUAUUCUGUUUCUGAUCUUGCUGAUAUCCCAAACGGAACUCUGGCACAACAUCUUCAAAAAGUAGUAGAGUUUGCGAGAAAUCAUGUGCUAAACUGUUGGCUUUGCAGUCAGAAAGGAUUCAUUUGCGAGGUCUGCAGUAAUCCAAAAGUUAUUUAUCCGUUUGAUACGCAAUUUACUUACCGAUGUGGGAGUUGUAAUGCAGUUUUCCAUUCAAAUUGUUUGAAUGCAAAGAAACCCUGUCCAAAAUGCGAACGCAAGCGUAAGCGAAUGGAUUUACCUUUAUUAAAUAUGGAAAGCCCUGACAUCUGUAGUGAAGCUACAUUAUCACCAACAAUCGCCACAACUUGAUCAUAUCCUUGGAUUAUGUUACAAUAGCAGUAUUCAAAAACAAAAAAUGAGAAUAAUGUACUAUUGUACAAAGAGUAUAUUAUUCACAUAUCAUAUUAAUAUUAAAUAGCUUGCCAAUGUAAAACACUUUAUUAAU